UUUCUUUUUGUGUAGUGAUUGUCACUUUAAGACGUUGUGCGGCUUGAAGUAUUUAUAUCCCAUUUACGACGAGCCGUGAACCGUUUUCUGGGGUAGCCUUCUCUCCCGGGAAUUCCUGACCAACAAGGAAGUCCUCUAGGUGGCGGGUACGUCGCCCUUAAUUGACCGGAUCGAUACAUACAGAGCAAGUUGGCAAUUAUUCAACGCUGUCAGAUUGUUCCGGACGGCAUAAAUUUCCUUCCUGGGACCUGACAAGGACCUAGGGUCAGUCUCUGGGGUCAAGGAGAAUUUGGACCAGCUUACGUCACGAAGAUUUAUGCUUAGAAACGAUGUCAAAGAUCGGCAAUGGCGACUCGGAACUUAAGCGGCGGUUCCAGAAGAUGGAUGACCAGAUCGGGAAGGGAUCUUUUGGGCGCGUCUAUAAAGGCUUGGAUCUGGACACCCAGGAGAUUGUAGCAAUAAAAAUCAUCGACUUAGAGGAGGCGGAGGACGAAAUCGACGACAUCCAGCAGGAGAUGAGGAUUCUGGGGCAGUGUGACUCCCCCUACGUCACCAAAUAUUAUGGGUCAUUUGUACAGGGAUUUAAGUUGUGGAUCAUCAUGGAAUAUUUAGGGGGAGGUUCUGCCCAGGAUAUUAUUAAAAUGGCACCGUUUUCUGAGCGGGACAUUGCAGUAAUACUGAGAGAAAUAUUAAAGGGAAUGGAUUAUCUUCACAGCGAGCGAAAAGUUCAUCGAGACAUAAAAGCUGCCAACAUCUUGCUGUCCCAUAGGGGUGACGUCAAACUAGCUGACUUUGGGGUGGCGGGUCAGCUGUCAACAAUAGGGAAGGCGGAGACAUUCGUAGGCACGCCCUACUGGAUGGCUCCCGAAAUAAUCCGAGGACAAAAAUACGACACAAAGGCAGAUAUUUGGAGUCUCGGUAUAACUGCUAUAGAAUUAGCCAACGGGGAACCGCCUUACGCCGAUGUCGACCCGCGAAAAAUUAUAUUUCAAAUUCCAAAGAAAGACCCCCCUCAACUGACGGGCAACUUUACCCAAGGGUUCAAAGACUUCGUUAAGGACUGUUUAAACAAGGACCCAAAGGAUAGGCCCACGGCACGUGACCUCCUGACCUAUGGUUUUGUGAGGCGCGCCCGGAAGACAAACAGCCUGCAAGAUGUAGUAGAUCGCUUUGCGGAAUGGAAGCUCCACCGACCGCCGUCAGACAACGAUUCCGAUGACGAGGACACAAGUGAGAGAUUAGAUGAUACAGACGCCGUGGAUUACUGGAACAACACGGUGAAAAACCUCGAGGAAUUUGUACAGGAACACCCGUAUGACACUGUUCGUGAAGACCAAUUUGAAACGUUAAGAAUAAAAAAUCCAGCAGAGGACGCUAGUGUUGUUUUACCCAGCAUGCAACAGGAAAAUUCACGCGUCAAAAUUCCUGCAGAGGAAAGGUUGUCAGGGAACUAUGAAGAAUAUAACUAUGCCGUCGUUAAUAAGACUUCAAACCCGACUAAAAAUAAGAUCUCAGAGAAAACUAAUACAAACAAGGAAACAGAAAACAGUGUAUUAAAUGGCACAGACACAGAAAUCAGGAGUACCCCUAAGAAAUAUGAGGAAGACAUUGAUAGUGAUCCGGACUAUGAAAACGUUGAAGACAUAAUGUACACUGAUCGAGAUAUCACCGACGGACUACAAUCAUCCAAUAAUCAUAUCUUCCCUCAAUCAUCUAGUACUCUCUCAAUAACUGUGAUACCAUUACUAACGAGACUUAAGCUUCUCUAUAAAGAAGAUUACGAAGAACGAGGCCAAUCAGCGGAGCCGACACAGAUUGUGGAAGAGUUGUUAAAUGCAUUUCAAUUGGCGGAGACGUCAUGUCCGGGAUUGACAGAUGAGUUUGUUAGUGGUAUAGUGGAAAUUCUUACAAAGCCAACGCAGGGGGCGCUGGAGAUUAAGCGGGCUUUGGAGAAAGUCAGAAGGUAGCUGCUGGCUGACUGUAAACAUUAGAAUGCGCAUGCGUGAAUCCAGUCCUUCGUAGCCAUCCGACCAACUCCGUUAAUAAAAUGAGUUUUGUUGGACAUUUUUAAGAGGAAUGAAAAGAAAAACAUCUUUAUUUUUCCAUUGUUAUGGCAAUUUUGCUUAAAUAAGAUUGACGUUAUAACUUUGUUUCUUGUUGUGUUCUGUUUAAAAGUGUUUAUUAAAGAGAAUUUUUGCUAC